AUGCAAUCACAUAAUCUAUUUUCAUUAUUGGCUGAUCGACUUUUACUUCAUCCAAAUAGUUUAACAAUAGUUACAUAUAAUGUUCUAUUAGAAAUACUUGUGGAAAAAAUAACUAAAGAAGAUUAUUAUCGAAAAGUUAAUAAAAUCGUUGAAAGUAUGAAAGAUGAUGAUGAUAAUGAAUCUAAAACAUCAAUUUCUCCAAGAAAACUUAGUGAUUCACAAACUCCAGUCGAUGAACAAACUGCUUCAACACCCAUCAGUAAGUUAAAUUAUUUUGAAUCAAAAACUAUUUAUUAUUUUUCCGAAUCAACAUCUAGUCGUCAAGUAUUUAAAACAAAUCAAUUAUCACCAUUUACAAUAUCGGAAUUUAAAUAUUCUCCAAUGUAUAUUCGUUUAUUACAUAGUGUUUUUGAUUCAAUUGAAGUUGAUGUUCGUUUAUGGAGAUCUGAUUCAACUAAAUCAAUAACUGAAGCAAUUAAUAAUGCAGAUAAUCAAAUAUUUUGUGCUAAUGUUAUACAUAUUAUAUCUCAAAUGGCAGAUGUAUUAUGUAAUGCAUGCGGUGGUCUUUUACCAUUACUUGCAAGUGCAACAUCAGCAUCUCAUGAAAUUGAAUUAUUAGAAAAUACCGAAGGUUUAUCACCUAAAGAUGCAUUAAAAAUUUUAAAACGUGUUAUGAGUUUAUCCGAUUUAUUUAUACUUGCAAAUAGUGGAAAUUUUUCUGAACUUGAACAAGAAAAAAGUAUGCCUAAUGGAGGAAUAUUACGACAAUGUCUUCGUUUAUCAAUGACAACUGCUGUUCGUCAUUGUAUGGAAUGUCGUUUUCAAAAAUUUGAUUUAUCAAAAUUUUCAAAUUUAACAUUAGCACCAAAAACAUCAAAUAAAGAUCCACUUGAAACUAUACUUGAAUUAACUUAUUUAAUGAAUAUAACUGAUAAUGAUAAUGAAAGUGAAAAUGAAAAUGAUGAUAUAUCAAUGUUAAUUGCAUCAUUUAUUAAAAAUCCUGAAUCUGUUUUACAAGAACUUGAUAUUCAACGUUUACGUGCUAUUAUCUAUCGUGAUGUGGUAAGACCAGAUCGAAGUAAAACGAACAAAAGCGUUGUCGUUGUCGUGGAUGAUACAAAACAAUCACAAUUCUUAGCAUUAGCUAUUGUUUAUUUUGCAUCAGUACUUAUGGUAUCAAGAUAUCGAGAUAUAAUUGAAACAAAUCAAACAAAUUUUUCUCGACAAGGAUCAAUUAUUAGUGCAACACCUAGUAUUCGACAUAGUUCGACUAGUGAGAUUAAUAUAGAUGCAGGUAGUAUGAAUGAUUCGACAUCGAUUACUAAUAAUCAAAAGAAUAAUGAUGAAUCAGCAGUUAUUGAUGAUAGUAAUGAGGUUCAUACAAUAAAUUCACAAUCAACUGAUAAAAAUUCAAUGGAUAUAAAUAAUACAAGUGCUACUGCUACUCAAUACGCAAGUAUUGCCAGUAUUCCUACUGGUAGUCAAUCAACAAUAAAUAAAAGUCAAUUACCUGAAUCCAAACUUCCCGAUUAUCCGAAAGCAAAUUUUGCUACAACGGAACCAUCAUCAGCAAUGAAUAUAACUGAAAAACUAGAACGAGCAUUAUCUAAUAUUGCACCAUUUUUACGUGAUAUAUUCACAGAAUUUUCACAUAUUCUUACAAAAACAUUAGUUGGUUCACAUGGACAAGAAUUAUUACCUAGUGGUUUACAUGCUCUUAAACAAACGGCAUCAGUUGUUGAACUUGUUAUGCUUUUAUGUUCACAAGAAUGGCAAAAUUCUCUUCAAGUAACAUUCAAAGUUUCUCUUACGAGGCAACCAACUUAUUGAGCUUUGACUAAGUUAUUGAAUUUUUUAAAUAUGUUAAUUUACCUGAAGUCCCA